CUUAAACUAAAACACUUCGUGGAGAUUAAAAAUAGCGUACUGCGUGUGUCGUGUUCGGCGUUGUUCAGUUUCAUCUUCUUCUUGCAAUUUCCGAAGAGAGACACCCAAUAAGAUGGGAUUGUGUAUGAGGCAUGUUUUGUUUUUUGCGUUAAUUGGGGCGUUGUGGAACUUGAAAGGAUCAGAGGGUAUCAGAUUCGUGAUAGACAGAGACGAGUGUUUCUCCCAUGAUGUUAAGUACGAGGGUGACACCGUUCAUGUUUCUUUCGUUGUUAUUAAGGCUGAUUCUCCCUGGCAUUACGGUAGCGAAGGUGUCGAUCUCGUGGUAAAGGGACCUUCUGGUGAUCAAGUUCAAGAUUUUCGUGAUAAGACCAGUGAAAAGUUUGAGUUUGUGGCUCACAAAUCAGGGGUCCAUAAAUUCUGCUUCACCAACAAGUCUCCUUAUCAUGAAACCAUCGAUUUUGAUGUACAUGUUGGCCACUUCUCUUACUUUGAGCAACAUGCAAAAGACGAGCAUUUCACCCCUUUGCUGGAGCAGAUAGCAAAAUUGGAGGAAGCUCUUUACAACAUUCAGUUUGAACAACAUUGGUUAGAGGCUCAGACAGACCGCCAAGCAAUAGUGAAUGAUGCAAUGAGCCGAAGAGCAGUACACAAAGCACUCUUUGAAUCUGCAGCACUAAUUGGGGCUAGUUCACUACAAGUCUACCUUCUGCGGCGCUUGUUUGAACGAAAGUUGGGAACCUCCAGAGUUUAGAGCUAGGCAAUGUUUUGGGAACCUGUAACACUACAGAUGAGAAUGCUAUUUUAAUUUUUUUUUUUCUCAGUUGUCAUCACAUGAAUAUUUACAUUACUAGUUGUUCGCCCUACUCAUAAUAUUUGUGGAAAGAUGCUAUUUAUUGUGAAUUACAGUUGAUUUCCGGCGAAAAAUUAUAAAUGACUGUUCAUGUA